UCCCUCUCUUCCCUACCUACCGGUUUCUUUCUUGUAAGUUUUCCUUCCUUCCACCCCCCGCUAUUCCUUCGUCGCAACUCCCAAAACCCAAUUUUUCUCCAAACUCUUUACGAUGACAUAAAGAGAUUUUUUUCGUUCCUGGCCGCAGAAGAUUCCGAGCAUGGAGCUGAAUUCUACGGUAGAAGAGGUGGAGAUUAAUGAGGAAGAGAUCCCAAUAUCUCCAUCGUUCUCCUGUUCUUGUCUUCUGUCGCUCGACAUGCCUUGUAGCCUCCGCUUAGCCUUCACCAGCUCAAUUUAAGGUCCAUUUCAACUCUUCAAUCGGAAAAGAGAGGAGAUCCAGAGGAGACGAUGCUAGGGAGGACGAAGAGCCCGGUUCCGGCGGCGGCGGCGAACGCAUUCAUCCCCAUGAAAAACUUCCCGGCGGCCGCCGCGGUGGUGGACGAGGCGUACCCGUGGGAGGUCCGGCCCGGCGGGAUGCUGGUUCAGAAGAGGGACCCCGACUCCACCGCCGCCGCCGCCCCUGCCUCCACCAUCCGCCUCCGCGUCAAGUACGGCGCCGCCUACCACGAGAUCUAUCUCAGCUCCCAAUCCACCUUCGGGGAGUUAAAGAAGCUGCUAUCGGAGAGGAUUGGAUUGCAUCCACAAGACCAGAAGGUGAUGUACAAAGACAAGGAGAGGGAUUCCAGCGCCUACCUCGAUAUCUCCGGCGUGAAAGACGGGUCCAAGUUGGUGGUCGUGGACGACCCCGCCCGCCGGGCCAAGCGCUUGCUGGAGAUGCGCCACCAGGCCAAGAUAGACAAGGCAACCAAGUCCAUCUCCCAGAUCACCCGGGAAGUCGACAAGCUCGCCAUUCAGGUAUCUGAGCUAGAGGUGAUUAUAACCAAAGGUGGAAAGGUUGCUGAGAAAGAUGUGCUUAGCCUUAUCGAGCUGCUGAUGACACAGCUGAUUAAGCUGGAUGGCAUCGACGUCGCCGACGGGGAUUUGAAGCACCAGAAGAGAAUGCAGGAGAGGAGAGUUCAGAAAUAUGUGGAGAAGCUGGAUGUGCUCAAGGUGAAGAAUGCCAUGCUCAAGACCACCAAUGAGCAAAUCCCGGCACAGCAGCAGCAUCAGCAACAGAAGAAGCAACCACCGCCGCCGGUGGUGACUACCAAGUGGGAGACUUUUGAUUCUCUGUUCACGCCGACCACCCCGGCUACGGCCGCUACAAAUGCAUCAACCAUCCCCACUCCAAGGCUCGACUGGGAGUUGUUUUGAUUCUCUGUUCUUCUGGGAUGGUCUAGGCAGCGCUGCCUGGCAUCAGGUGGAUGGAUGGCUCCUGGCUCCACCGUAUAUGAUUGAGUUUGAUUGGUCUACUUCUUUCCUAUUUCCUAUGGUUCUCUUUUUUUUCUUAGCCAAGCUGCUGCUCUUCUUUUUAUGUGUGUAUAUCUAGAUUUUGGAGGAAGAGGUGUGGUCUACAACACUCCUCUUAUUAUUAAAGUUGGUCCAUAUUGAGAAAUAAAUGGAUUUAUAGUGAUGGAGGUUUAUUCC